UUGUUGACACCCAUACGAUGGUGAAAUCCAAAGUGUACAUCUACACCAAAACGUUUGAUGGUUUACCAAAAGAAGGGGACCUUGUAAUAAAGGAGGAAGAUUUGCCACCGAUAAAAGAUGGAGAAUUUCUAGCAGAGGCCAUCUACCUCAGUGUGGAUCCCUACAUGAGAGCCUAUGCCUCAAGGGUACCAUUAGGUGCACCUUACAUAGGAUCACAAGUAGCAAAGAUUAUAGAAAGCAAAAAUCCAGACUAUCCAAUGGGAAGACACGUAUCAGGCUAUUUUGGAUGGAGAAGUCACACCGUGUCUAAUGGUAAACCAGUUACUCUGGGAUUUUCCUCAACUCCAGCUCCUAUUCUUCUACCAGUUGUUAAGGAUGUACCCCCGUCGUACUUCCUUGGAAUCCUAGGCAUGCCAGGAAAUACGGCCUAUUUCGGCUUUUUGGAAAUCUGCCAGCCGAAGAAAGGCGAAACCGUAGUCGUAUCGGGUGCUGCCGGGGCAGUGGGUAGCGUCGUCGGUCAAAUCGCUAAGAUCAAAGGAUGCACCGUUAUAGGAAUCGCAGGAUCGGAAGAGAAAGGGAAGUGGUUGCUGGAUGAACUGGGAUUCGAUCACUUUAUCAACUAUAAAACUGCUGAUCUGGACAAGGCUCUUUCGCAAGUUGCUCCAAAAGGGGUCGAUUGUUAUUUUGAUAAUGUAGGUGGCGAGACAACCAUCACUAUAUUAAAACAUAUGAAUGAAUUGGGACGUAUUUCUGUAUGUGGAACUAUUUCCAGUUAUAACGAGAAAGACGGUAGAAUACUAUUUGAGCUGUUCUCAUUAGUAUCUAAGCAGAUAAAAAUGGAAGGCUUCUUGGUGCAUAGAUGGAGUGACAGAUACACGGAAGGCGUCCAGCAAAAUUUGAAGUGGCUGCAGGAAGGAAAACUUAAGACCAGGGAAACCGUGACGGAAGGAUUUGAAAAUAUGAUCAAAGCUUUCGUAGAAAUGUUGCAAGGGAAAAACUUUGGAAAGGCUGUUGUUAAAGUGUAGAUUUCGUUACUUAUUAAACUUCUCUUGUUUGA